CGAUUGAGAUCUUGAAAGACUCGUAAUUUUCAACUCUUUCAGUCUUCAGAGCUCAAAAAAUGGCGAAAUCAGCUGCAUUUUCCAAUUAUACAUCGUUUUCCUCGAUACCCAUUUUCGUAUUCAUAGUAUCUGUAACUGUGUUGUUAUACGCAUCAACAUUUGCUGAAGCUGGAGAUUCAUCUGCUUUCGUCAAGAAGACGAUUUCUUCUCACUCCAUUGUUAUCUUCUCCAAAUCUUAUUGCCCAUACUGUAGGAAAGCAAAGGCCGUAUUCAAAGAAUUGAACCAAAAACCUCACGUCAUUGAGCUUGAUGAGAGAGAUGAUGGAUGGAACAUUCAGGAUGCCAUUAGUGAGAUCGUUGGCAGACGCACCGUGCCACAAGUUUUCAUUAACGGAAAGCAUAUUGGAGGAUCAGAUGAUACCAUCGAGGCAUACGAAAAUGGGGAGCUAGCUAAACUUCUUGGUGUUAAUGCAAAGAAUGAUGAUCUUUAAACUGGAUUUGUUACAUUGGUUUUCAAAUUCAAUCACUCUGUAAUAUGAUGUGAUCACCAUAUUUCUAAUGCAGUUAGGUUCUCUGCUUUUUGGGAUUUCCAAAAAUUUGGAAGUGUGAGCCUCUUUUUAAUAACAACUUUAGGAGAAAGGACUUGUUAUUGUAGGUAUUAUUUUUAUUAUUAUUAUUAAACUAAUGUUAUCUUAA